GUAAAGGGACCAGGGGUUGGCCUGCUCGGUUACUCCAAAGGAGCUGAUCUGUCUCUCGCCAUGGCUGCCUUCCUGAAGAACAUCACAGCUGUUGCUUCUCUCAAUGGCACCAUGGCCAUUACAGUUAUUCCUCUCUGUUACAAGGAUAAAACCAUCCCCCCUUUGCCCUUCGAUGAACAACAGGUCAAGGUCAUUGAUUCCAAUAUUCUUGAUUGUUCUGACAUCCUUACUGACCCCUUUCAAGCCCCUGGCAGGCAAAGCCUGAUCCCACUAGAGAAAGCCGAGGCACAGUUACUAUUCAUUGUUGGACAAGAUGAUCACAUUAUUAAAUCUGAGUAUUAUGCUAGUGAAGUCUGCAAGUAUUUGCAGGCACAAGGGAAGGGAAAUUUUCAGAUUCUGUCUUACCCUGGAACAGGGCACUGCAUUGACCCUCCCUUUUUUCCUUUGUGCCCCAUAGGAAACCAUCCCGUUUUUCGCAAGCGGUCAGUCCUGGGUGGGGAGCCCGGGGCUUACUUUAAGGCUCAGGCUCACGCUUGGCCACAGAUCCAGGCUUUUUUCAAUAAAUAUUUAAAUGACAACUAA